CUGCCCAACAAUAAUAACUGCAAUUGUAAACGUCUAGUACAGGCGGAGCAGGCGAAGGUGGCCAGCAUCUGCAAAUUAAACACUAAAAGUCUGGUAAUUCGUCGUCCGUCCGUAGCAAGGGUAGAGCCAGCCUGGAAAUCGCCCCAAACUAUGAAGCUUAUCAGAGGAGCAACCGAGUUGCCCAAACAUCUACCGUGCUCCACGGAUGACUGGCCGGAACUGAGCGAGCUCAGCUUUGAUUCCAAUAAUCCCUUCGGCAUGAUGGAGCUGAGUUUGUAUUCGGAAAUAUUGGCACCUUCUAUGAACGAGACGGAUCAAUCAUUUGACUGCUUGUCUCAAUUGGAGUCGCCGAUUCAGACUCAAGCACACCCCCCAUCGACAUCGUCAUCGUCUUUAUAUAAUUCCAAAGCAGCACCGCCCACAAUCGGCCGACGUUUGAUUUUUAAACCCAAUUACAACGGGUUGCCCAAGCCCGCCAGUGAGGGGACUCGAGAAGUUCGCGAAGAGCUGGAUCUAUUCCCUAACCCACCAUUAUCCAUUCGUUGUGAAGCUUUGGAGAAAAUUGUUCAAAUGCUUUAAAACCAAUUGUUCCAAUCACAAUCCAAUCCAUGAGCCAAGCCAUUUCGAGAAGCAGACUUUGGGAGAAAAAUACCUCAACUGCACAAACGAGGCACAAAUUUAAGAUAUUCCUUCCACUACUGAUAAUAUUUAAAUACUAAUAACAACCAACUAUGUAUACAAAAAUGCUCAAUUAAGUCUGAUAUUUAUUUUAUUCAUUUAUAUUAUUUAUUUAUUUUGUUUAUAUUUUUAUAUUGUCUUUUAAAAAAAUA